AUGAGGAAGAAUGAAUACCACAAGGUGUUCGUAUGGAACCAGGUUCUUAACAUCCUUGCAUCCGACCUAGUUGGUGUCGCCAAGAACCAAGGCCAACGUGCUAAAGUUCUGAUUGUUUGCUACUAUAUGGCACAAGUCCGACAGCUUUUGCGACACUUCAAUGGUCUUGUAGCAGCAAAGAAAAUCUCACAGGAGAUGCGAUCUCGGGUCAGCAUCAAGACUCUUGAUUCAGCACAGGCCGAUAAGGCUGAUAUUGUCUUUGUCGAUACUGCCGAUCAUUCUAACCUCGGUCAUAUCGGCGCAAAGCAGCAAAAUACGCUUACCUCGACUCGCGCUGCGGUCUUCAUAUCGUCAUCAUUAACGGGGGAACAUUCAUCAAUCAAAUCAGGAGCUUAA